AUGCUAAUGUACAACGGGUACGGAUUUAUCAAAGACCGCCAAACGGCGAAGACCUGCAACUGGAAGUGUUCGCUGUUCCGAAGGAUGAAAUGUCGUGGGCGAACCAUUACCAAAAUCGCCGACGAUUCCCCGAGCUUUAGGGCAGCUCAGUUCGGUUACACUCAACGUGGAAAGAUGAUGCUCCUGUACAAUGGUUUCGCCUACAUCAAGGAUCGUGAUGCCCGGAACAGCUGCAACUGGAAGUGUUCGCUGGCCGGAAAGCGAAAAUGUCGCGCCAGAGCCGUUACCAAGACGGCCCUUGGACGCCAAAUGAUGAAAAUUACCAACCCCAAUCACAACCACGACCGAAAAGCCUACGUGCGGGAGAAGCAGAAGCAAAGUACCACCAACUGGAAGUGCUCCUGGCAUGUCAAAUUUCGCUGUAAGGCGCGAGCAGUGACGAAAGAAAUCGAGGGUCAGCAUUUUGUUCGAAUAACCUGCGGUUUCCAUACCCAUCCUCCGAACAAUGGCUCCAAGUCUGAUGACAUGCACGGCUUCUCGCAACGGGCUCACUAUGAGUUCACGUCCAGAGGAACGCAAUGUCUAGUAUACGAUGGCUAUUUCUACAGCAAAAACAAAACAAACGAGGGUGGCGUCCGGGUCAACUGGAAGUGUCGUUACUACCAACGGUUCAAGUGCAAAGCACGAGCACUCACUAAAACAAUCAACGGCUGUGACUAUGUGAAGGUCUCCAGUACGGAGCACACCCACAUGCAAGAGAUGUACUGUCAAGACCUACGACGGAAGCGACGAGGGGCUGACAAAACAGCGGAUCUGGAAAUGGCACAGUUUGGAUCAACCCAGCGGGGGCGACCCCUUCUAGUACAUCAAGACUACACGUACAUCCGCAAUGGAGAGUUUGGCGGCACAAUCAAUUGGCGCUGUUCGGCCUACCGACGACUGAAAUGCAAAGCCAAAGCCAUAACGGUCAAGCACAAUGGCGUGGAGUUCGUAAAACUAUCCUAUGCCUUACACAGCCAUGGCCCCAAGACUGGAAGCGAUCAGCAGUGGAAGCAUGAGUCGGAAACGGUUGAUUUCCUGCGCUGUGAAGAGGAUGAAGAAGCCAUGAUUAAUACUACACCUGAGUGUAACAUUAUUUAUGUGCUGUCGAAACGAGGCACUAAGCAUCUGUUCUUCGAUGGCAACAUGUACACACCGAAUGAGAGACCCUAUCCCGGGCAGCGUUCUAGGACGUGGAAGUGUACGUUGUACUACCGAUUGAAAUGCCGAGCCCGUAUCGUUACCAGUGAAGCCAACGGGCUACCCAAGUUGCGUGUGGUAGUAGCCGAACAUACCCACGAAAAGCUGUUUCCCCAUUUGAGCGAGAAAUUCCGAAGUCUAUUCUAG